UUUUUAACAGGCUUUGGCAGAGAAGAGGUGUGGUAUGUUUGACCGUAGUCCUAUUUUCACUUUUCUCAAUGGCUUACUCAACAGAAGGAGAACAUCAACAGUAUGUACAGUACCUGGAGAAGAAGUUCCUGUGGUGCGCCUACUGGGUAGGCCUGGGUAUUUUGUCUUCGGUCGGUCUUGGCACUGGACUGCACACUUUCCUUCUGUACCUGGGUCCACACAUAGCUUCUGUCACCCUGGCUGCAUAUGAAUGUGGCUCUGUGAAUUUCCCCGAGCCGCCCUACCCAGCCCAGAUAGUGUGUCCGGAAGAGGAGGUCCUGCAGGAGAGCAUCUCACUAUGGACCAUCAUGUCGAAGGUUCGCCUGGAGGCUUGCAUGUGGGUGAGUGUUUUCACAGCGCAGUCUUUCCCCAUGAAGUACUAA